UAGUGAUCCGUCUCGCCCAUAGAGGAUCUUUGGCCCGCUGCCUGCGUGCCCCUGCAGUGUUUGCGUGCUGGCGCAAAGCGCGGCCUUCCGUCUGCGCUCGUCCUCAUCAACAACAACAACCAGCGGACACCGCGUUUACCGGCCCCCGGUGCUCCGACAGACCCAGAGGAACUCGCUCCCACCGGGCCCCUGUGACGAUGGCAGAAACGGUGAAGUACGUGGAUGAUGAACACAAGAGCAUCUUCCUGAAGCUGCUGAACGAGCAGCGUCUGGAGGGCGAGCACUGCGACAUCGCCGUCGUGGUCGAAGACGUCAAGUUCCGAGCUCACCGCUGUGUGCUCGCCGCCUGCUCAAACUACUUCAAAAAGCUCUUCAAGAAACACGAGGUGGAUAACUCAUCAGUGAUUGAGAUUGAUUUCAUCCGCUCUGACAUCUUCGAGGAAGUUCUAAACUACAUGUACACCGCCAAGAUCUCCGUCAAGAAAAGAGACGUUAACCUCAUGAUGUCAUCAGGGCAGAUCCUCGGCAUCCGCUUCCUGGAUAAGCUCUGCUCCCAGAAACGAGACAUGUCGUCAGAAGACAAAGAGAAGUUUCCAUACGAUAUAGUGAAGAUGGCGCUGCCGCCUGAAGCCCAGCUGGCCGCUGACGCAGAGGUACUCGGGGAGCACGAUGACACACCCACCACAGAUGACCUCGUUGAGGCAUCGACCAAUCAGGAGCUGGAUAAGUCUCCCAGUGCGGCGCUGCGCGUUCAGGAGGCCAUCUUGAAAGAACUGACCAAUGAGGACGUUCACAAGGUGACCUGCUACGACCAGGAUGUGGUGACAGAGAUGGAGACGGAGCCUAAAGACCUGGGGGCGGAGCACCACGCCACUCAGACGCUGACGUUUGCAGACAGUAUGGGGGAGGUGAAGGACGAGCAGCCGCCUGGCUGGUCCACAGCCACCGCAGACAUGAAGUUUGAAUACCUGCUGUACGGAACACGAGAGCAGCUUGCCUGCCAGGUGUGUGGGAAGACGUUCCUGGACGAGAGCAAGCUACGGAAACACGAGAAGCUUCACUCUGCUGAGCGUCCAUUCGCCUGUGAGAUUUGCUCCAAAGCUUUCACCACACAUGCUCACCUGAAAGAACAUCUAAAGAUCCACACGGGCUUCAAACCCUACCGCUGUGACGUUUGUGGGAAAUCGUUCAUUCGAGCUCCAGACUUGAAAAAACAUGAACGGGUUCACAGCAACGAGAGGCCGUUUGCCUGCCAGAUGUGUGACAAGGCGUUUAAACAUAAGUCUCACUUGAAGGAUCACGAGCGCAGACAUCGAGGAGAGAAACCGUUCGUCUGUCCGUCCUGCACCAAGGCCUUCGCCAAGGCGUCUGAUCUGAAGCGUCAUGAGAACAACAUGCACAGUGAGAGGAAGCAGCUAAACCCUCUGCAGAGCGACACAGAAACGCUGCAGGCCGCCGCCAUGGCUGCUGAGGAGCAACAUCUGGAUGCCAUCAGCUGCUCCUAACAGCUCCUCCUCCUCCUCCUCCUCCUCCUCCUCCUGCUGCUCCUCACCGCGUGUCUGUAUUUAGAGUUAACUUUUUCUCCUUUUGAUUUGAUCAGGAUGUAAAAGAAGCUUGUUCUGCUCUGAAUCAUGAACUGAUGACCUCAUUGAUCAUGUGAUCAUGCUGUGACAUGUUGACCUUGGCCGACCUCCCCCAGGCUUUGUGUCUGAUGUAAAUAACGUCUUUGUAAAUGAACCGGAGCUUUUUUAUGGUCCGGACCAAACCGUGUACAGAAAACAUUUGUGAUGAAAUAAACCUGUUCUGUUCAGUUUCAUGAGCAGAGCGGCCAUUUUUAA